CAGUGGAUCAGCUGAUACAAACAACGUGCUCGUCUGAGUUUUAAAAACAACCCGAGAGUACUGGAAGAGUAAUGCCGACUCAGUCAUGUUGAGACCUGUUUUAUCCCAAUCUCGUCAGUGGCUACUCUGGGCCCUUCCCAGAGUUUUCGGGAAUACAGCUUGUGGUGAAGCUCAUGUAAAACUUCAUGCACUUCAGUUCAGCACAACCCCAAAUUUUCAGAAGGCCAAAAGCAGAAGAAUUUAUCUCAAAGGAGUUCAGUCAAUUAUUUUACAUCAUUACAAUGACCUGAAGACAUCAGAAGCAAACACAUUUGUCAGCAAAAAUCCAAAAUUGAAAAAUUUGGAUAAACUUCAGCUUGAUGCAGUGCUGUCGCUCCUGAAGCAUCAAGACUACAGCUGGGAGGACAUUCGAGAGCACAAGGAUGUCCUGACCUUGAUGCCUAGCCAGCUGAGUGAUCGUCUGAAGUUCUUGGAGGAGUUUUCGAUCCCAAAACCCACACUCCACGAGCUAAUGUAUGCACAGGCGUACAUGCACUGCACAGUGGGAUUCUUACGGAAAUAUGGAGUAUAUAGCGAGAACUUUGAUAUUGUUGCUCACCUGAUAAAAAAUAUAGAGCCCCUGAAAUUGCCAGAAACUUUUAUAAAUGAAUUUCAAGAGCAGUACAAAAACAACUUGGAAGAGGUACCGCUGGCAGAGUUGUAUUUUACGAUUCUGAAGAAAUACCUAACAAUGAGGUUCCCAUCAGACUCUAUGGCAGUUGAAAUACUUUUCAAGGGUGAUUUUUCUCCAGCUUGGAAGCCUCUUGUUUCCUAUCAAGAUAUUUGUAACAUUGUCAUAGACAUGCUUGGGUUAGACUUCAGUUAUGUGAUGUCCAACACAUGUAUUCUAAAUAUAGAUCCAGUAAAUGUGACCAAUCUACUUGAAAAAUACCCAAAGCUCGGGGGGGCACCGACAACAGAGGUGGCUGUCAAAGAACCUGAACUGCUCCUCAUUCCUUUCUCCAAGAUAGAAAGAUGGACAAAAAUGUUACGGAAGUACAAAGUGACGAAGUUCAGCAUCUCACUUGAGAUUUUGCGCUUUUUCCGAGGCAGCAAUUUUGCAGAAGUAGAAGAGAGAUUAAAAGUGCUCAGUCAGUUACCAGAGUGGAAGAUUAUAAGCUUGUCAGAUCAGCUCUUUGUGAUCUUAAGAAAACCCUAUGGUUUGAAAAGAUUGCUUGAUGCAAUGCACUCAGGACAAGUUGUCAACAACCUGUCUUCUGCUACUCAGGAACCAAAUGUGCCAGUACAAAGAUGCCGUCGCCUCCCCCAAGAGGUUGCAGCAUACAUGGCUGAAGAACUCAAUAUAGAGGAGUAUGAGGCAAAUGACCUACUAAAUGCUGAAGUUCGAACACACUUUGGUAUCUCCAAUACACGCAUGGUCCUGGAACUCCUGCUCAAUUAUGGAUUUACAAGGGAGCAGGUAUUAAAUGGCAUCCAGUUGCUGAAUUUCCAGUAUGGGGUCGUUUGCGAAGGCCUAAAGCAGUUCCCGAACCGCCCCGAAGCGCAGCCCUUCGAGCAGUGGAUGGAGAACCCACAUGUGCUCCAUCUGUUGGCCUAUUGUAUUAAGAAAGAUGCUCCUCACCUCAGACUUUCCACCGAGAGAUGAUUGAUAUUCUAGUGUUAGACUGAGGUUGAUUGCUGGAUAUCUGAAUAGAAAUAUAAUGUUAUAUCAGUCUUGUCAGAGAUAGUUGAUGAUAAUGGUAGUGUUAUUGUAGUGAUGAAUUUGAGGUUGGUGGUUAUAUCAUAAUGGUGAUGAUGGUAGUGAUGAUAAAUAUUGCUGUUAUUUGUUAUUGUUGUUGUUGUUAUUAUUAUUAUUAUUAUUAUUAUUAUUAUUAUUAUUAUUAUCAUUAUUAUUGUUAUUAUUAUUAUUAUUAUUGUUAUUAUUAUUAUUAUUAUUAUUAUUAUUAUUAUUAUUAUUAUUAUUAUUAUUGCAAUGACUAUUAUUAUUGUUAUUAUCAUUAUUGCUUUUUUUUUUUCCUUUGUUGUUGGAAAUCUAAGUCAAAACUUUAUUUACUAAUCCAUCAUACAAGGAAAGAACACCAGCCAUAUUUUUUAGAAGAGUAAUUAUUAUAGGAUUAAAAGAUAUAUAUAUAUUGGAAAUUGUUGGAAGACAUGAUACAGUUGCCUCUUAUAUAAAGAUGGAGAUACUCACCACAUACAGAUUUCCACAAAGGUAUAAUAAAUGCUGAGGUAUUAGUCUGAUGUUUGGUACUAAGAUAUGCUCAUCCUAAUGUAGCAAUAUCAAUAUUUAUAGUAACCCUAUUACAAUGUGUUGUGAAAAAACUUUGCAAUGCAUUUGAUUUUGAAAACAGUCUGAUGCAGAUUUUAUAGCAUGUACCUAGAUACCCAGUAUGUGUAUAUAAUAGAUAUUUAAUGUAAAUAUAAUUUAUUGUUAUGCACUA